AUGGACCCCAUCCAGCGCCUUCAGGAGUCUCUUAUUGACCGCCGUACUGAGAACGUUCGCUACCGUCAAAACCAACUACAAAGCUUGCAUGCUACUCUUUGCAAUAGCGCAAAUUUAAUAUGCAAUUCGAUUGCAGAAGAUGCACAAGUUGAAAGCUCAAAUGCCGAGGCUGAGACAGAGUAUUAUCUUUCCAUGAAUGCCGUGAAGCAUUUCUACGAGGGCCUGGGCUUCGAAAAAUCAAUUAAUGACGAGUACUUGAUUGCAACAGGGAUUGAUAACCCUCAGAGACAGGUAGGAUAUGGUCUAGUAAUUAUUCGCCCUACUACGCAUACAAGGUUAUAUUCGAUUGUAUGCCCAUUGGCGGCGGCUUUAGCGGCGGGGAAUGUUGUCGUCAUAGAGCUUCCUGAUACCCUUCUCAAAGUUGAUGCUAUCCUGAAGGAGGUCUUACCAGAAGCGUUAGAUCCCGACACCUUCGUUAUUUCCGCAAAAUUGAUUGAGGACCCGUCAAUUCUUUUAUCAAGUCUACUCGUCGACCAAACGUCUGCAACAACAACAACAACCAUCGCUAACUCGCUUUCCUCUCAAAACAAGCACCGAACAAUUGCUAUUGUAGACCGUACAGCAGAUAUUGAAGCUGCAGCAAAGGCAAUUGUAACAGCACGCUUCAAAUUUCAAGGCGCUUCUCCGUACAGCCCAGACCUGGUCAUUGUUAAUGAGUAUGUCAAGGAUGAGUUCUUUGCAACAUGUUCAAAAUAUGCGAGCCAAAUGUUUGUUUCUGGCGUGAAAGCCAAGAGGUCGAGAAGCAAUGCUGAAGCCGAGACAAAAAAGUUCUUUGAAGACGCUAUUGCCAAAGAGCAAUUGUCAACAUUUCGUUUUGCGGAUUGUAUCCUAGCGCAUGUCACGGAUAGCACCUGCCUAGUGACCGAAAUAAAAAUCCACGGCUGCUACCUGCCCAUAGUUACAAGCACCAGCAUGGUUGAUGCCAUUAUCAAAGAGAUGAGGUAUAUCUACACCACUAUUAACUCCAACUUUAAAGCUCUCAACUUACUGGUAAUUAGGUCAAAUCUACUCGCAGCUUAUAUCUUUGCACAACCUCCGGAAGCUAAAUUUCUUGCCCAACACCUCAAGGCACAUCUCACUGUCAUCAAUCAAAUACCCGUGAAUCUCCUGGUUGGGCCAGCUGCGCCAUGUGGGAUCGCUAUGGAGUACAAGUACCGAUAUAGCCCCGAAAUGUUUUCAAUCCAGCGUCCACAAUACAUUCAUGCUCUACCCACCGAGCUGUCGGUAGUUGAUGAACAUCUUGUUCCUGGCCGGAACCCAAAUGGAACCACGAAAGUGAAGCAGUUACGAUCAUUAGCGACGCGGAAACUGCCUGGGACGGGACAAUCGCAGGGGCAUGAUAUUGGAUUCUUUGAACAGGGAAUAUUGUUAGGGUUGGGUGUUGUCUUGAGCAUUGUGGUGCCGGCGGCAGGGUGGGGGCUAUGGGCAGUGGGGAAGAAAGUUAGGAGUUCGAUGUGA